AUGGCGACCAAGACAUUGGAGGCUCGCUUCGAGCAUUUGACCGUAAAAGACGAGAAAGAUGCCGGAAAUGAUCGCACAUAUUCAAAACAUAAGGGAUCUCACUCAACGACCGUCCUGGGCAGCUCUGCCUCCAAUCCUCAGCGAGCUCAACUAUUGAAGCUUGCGCUUCAGAACACCAAUGACAACAAGGUCAAUGCUAUGAAUGUGUCACAAUCGCCUGGGAAAGGGUCACAGAAUGUGAUUGUCUCUCGCAACACCGAUGAAAACGGCGAUCAGCGCAACGCAGCUCCCCUCUACGAUCAACCCAAGACACUCCACUUGGGCAUGUUUGAAAUUGGAAAGCCCCUUGGAAAAGGCAAGUUUGGCCGAGUAUACCUUGCCAAGGAGCGAUCGUCGGGUUUUGUUUGUGCCUUGAAGGUGCUCCACAAGUCAGAACUGCAGCAGGGUGGUGUCCAGAAGCAGGUCCGACGUGAGAUCGAAAUCCAAAGCAAUCUUCGUCAUCCGAAUGUCCUGCGACUGUACGGUCAUUUCCACGACAGCAAGCGCAUCUUCUUGAUUCUUGAGUUCGCCGGCCGCGGUGAGCUUUACAAGCAUCUGCGCAAGGAGCACCGCUUCCCGGAAUGGAAGGCUGCGCAGUACAUUGCCCAAAUGGCGGCCGCGCUGAAGUAUCUCCACAAGAAACAUGUCAUGCAUCGUGACAUCAAGCCCGAGAACAUCUUGGUCGGCAUUCACGGCGAAAUCAAAAUCAGCGACUUUGGCUGGAGUGUCCACGCUCCCAAUAACCGACGCCAAACAAUGUGCGGAACGCUUGACUACCUGCCCCCAGAGAUGUUGAAGCCCGGCUCGCAAGACAACUUCUACAGCGAAAAGGUUGACCUGUGGAGCUUGGGUGUCUUGACGUAUGAAUUCCUUGUUGGUGAAGCACCUUUCGAGGACACACCAGUGAUGACACAACGGCGAAUUGCUCGCGCAGACAUGUCCGUACCGUCCUUUGUUAGCCCGGAGGCCAAGGAUCUGAUAAAGAGACUCCUUGUCCUCGACCCAGAGAAGCGCAUUCCCUUGGAUGACAUUCAACGCCACCCUUGGAUUGUUAAGCAUUGCGUGAAGGACCCCAAGCGAACAUCUGCUUCCUCCAAGGAUGGCAAGGCAUGA